UUAAAAUUUUAUUUCAAUAUGUAACCUGGAUUUUUAUCAAGCACUGCUAUGUUUUCUGAAGAUGGGGUAGCAGCAGGACAUCAUGACUCUAUAAGCACAAGCUCAGGAUAUACACCACUGACGUCGAAAGCUAACAUUUUAGUAAAGUUGAGAAGCAGAUCAGUAUUUAACUUUACAAGAGAUAGAUGUUUAAAUUUAGAUUGCAGUUUCAAAAACAGAAGCAAUUCUCGGAAUAGGGAAAACGUUAGCACAAACCACACAACCAAUGCUGAUACUCAUAUUUCUUGAAGCAGAGCUUAUAAAAGAAGACAUCGAGGGACUCUUGGAGAAUAUUUGUUCACAACUCAAUCCUUAAAUAAUACGUUCAGGUUUCCCAGAAAAUCGUUGUAUUUUGAUGAAAUUUCUUCGAACAAGCCAAAAUUUACACCAAAAGAAGAGCCAAAAUAACUUAACAGAGGAGGUAGUAGUUAUUGCUCCUCCUACCAUUCUGAACAAGAAAAGAAUUUUUUCAAAACCUGACCCGGCUGCCGACAGGCAGCCAGGCUCUGGCUCGAAAAACUUUAAGGAGUUUAUGAACAAUCCUUAUAAGUAUCAGAAGUGUUCAGGGAAAUUAGGCAAGCAUCUUCAGAAGAGUAUACAUAAGAAGUAUACACCUCAGGAGGCACUUCCUCGUCAAAAAUUUACCUUAAAAAAUCUUGAAAAGUAUACUCCAGGCUACUUGAAAUGUACUGAAAAUUCAAAUAUCAGGGAAUACAUGAUUGUAGCCAACCUCGAAGGUGAUAAGAAGCUGACUAAAGAACAGAUCAAGAAUUUGGAAGAUCAGAUCCAGACUCAGAGGAUGAAGUUUAUGAGAAAGAAGGAUAAAAUGACUGGAAAGAACACUGAUAAGGAUCUUGGCAAAUUUAUUAAGAAGUGCAGUAAGAAUAAAGAUCUGAAUAUGAUGAGUGGCAAUUCACUCAAUGGUGGCAAAAUGAAUGCUCUUAAGAAGGAAAGGAGGAAGCGUGUAUCUAAAGAAGCAAAAUCUCAGAAAACAGCUGAAUCGUCAAGAACAGUUUUAGAUCCUGAAAAUAAUGCUAUUUAUAUUUCAAAUAGAUUACAAAAUUCACAUGAUGGAUUAUCUCUCAAAGGACAGAAAUCAACCAGGAAAAGUAAAAAAUCUAGCAGAUUUAACACCGAACAGCCCGAUUUGGACUGUCCAAAGGUCAUAUCUGAUAAUGAUUCCUGUCAGGGAAGCCCAUUGGCCAGAUCAAAAUCUCCUUCUGAAAGAACCCUGAACAAAUAUCUUCAAAUGCUUUUGGAUGAAAAGAAUGGUGUAAACAGAAAAGAAAGGUCAUUUAAAGGCAAGAAGCCACAAAAUUAUGACGAAAUUUUCGAAUCUGCUGAUUCUGGAAAAAAUAUCUCUAAUGACAAACUUGAGUGGCAAAGCAACCAGUUUGAGCAUGAGUUAGAAGAGCAACAGAAGAAGUAUCAUGAACAAAUUGAAGACCACCACCAAGCUGAUCAAAAGAGAUCGAGAGGUGAUGAAUACAGUAGCACUCAAAAUGGAGGAUCAAAGAAUAUCUAUUCAAGUGCUCAGGCUUUAGAUAAUCAAAAAGUGUAUUCUGAUGCUUCCCACCAAGUAAUAAAACAAGGUCGCAUGGAUAGAAUUAAGUAUAUGGACCAAGAGAAUUUUAAAACAUUUGAGAAUUUAACUGACCAAGCUCAGGGAAGAAAUGAAAAUAUCCCUUAUGAAGCUCUAGAACAAGCAGUUGCUUCAAGAUCAAAUUCUCCCUUAAUACCUCGUAUUAGGUCUAAGAUGACUACGAAAGAACAUUUUCUUAAGUCCAAAAAAUCAAAAGCUUCCGUGUGGGUUGUACCUGAUAGCAUUAAAGUAUACACAGAAGAUGAUAAGAAGACUGGAUUCAAUUUCCAAUGAGAAGAAUGAGUAAAAGAUCCUUCAUAUGUGUCAACAAAGAAGCCUCCCUUUCUAUUUAUUCAAUAAAUUACAACAAAA